AUGGCAACAAAUGCAUUUCAACCUGCACAAGGCGGUACGAGUCGUGGUGAAAGUGAUUUAAGUGGGCAAUCAAAACAAUAUUCAUCACGCGAUAUGCCUAGUCACAAAACAUUAAAAUAUCGUGAAAAAGGACAAAAUACACUCGAAGAAACACGACAAAAAGACUUUCGUCGAGAAUUAGAAGAUCGUGAACGUGCUGUAAGAGAUAAACAACCACAACGUACAUCUGAUUCAAAACGUCUGCAAAGUAGCAGUGAUGAUCGAAAACGUUCAUCGGUACGUUCAAAUAAUGAUUUACAAGCAAUACAGUCGAAUCUAGAUGCCGAUGAUCCAUUAGAUGAAUCAAGCGACGAUGAAGAAAAUGAAAACGGUAGCAACAGACAUAAAAUUCGAAAUAACAAUCAUAUGACACAAGAUGAUGACGACGACGAAGAUGAAGAUGAUACGGAAGAAUUGAUGGCUGAAUUGAAUCGCAUUAAAAAGGAACGUGCAAUAGAAGCAAUCAAAUUAGAACAAGAACGACGUGUAGAAGAAGAAAGAAUUCGAACAGAAAAUAUUCUCAAAGGUAAUCCAUUGUUGAAUCCUAAAAGCGUACAACAAUCACAAGCAUUAUCCGUAACAAAUAACAGUGAAUUUCGUGUCAAACGACGUUGGGAUGAUGAUGUUGUAUUUAAAAAUUGUGCUAAAGCAGAAAAUCUUGGUAAACGAUCACAGUUUAUUAAUGACAGUUUAAGAAGUGAAUUUCAUAAAAAAUUUAUGGAAAAAUAUAUCAAAUAA